ACGAAACCACGUGACAUGACUUGCCUCACGUGAUUGUACUGUUUACCGUGUAAAUAUGGCUUCUCACUUGUCUUAUGGCCGAGUCAAUCUUAAUAUAUUGAGGGAAGCUGCAAGGAAGGAGCUUCGCGAGUUUCUGGACAAAUGCGCAGGAAGCAAGGCCAUUGUAUGGGACGAGUACCUCACCGGACCGUUUGGAUUAAUAGCUCAGUAUUCGUUGCUGAAGGAACAUGAAGUGGAAAAGAUGUUUACACUCAAAGCAGGACAUGUGCCACCAGCAGAUGUCAAAAGUGUCAUCUUCUUUGUACGUCCAAAGCUGGAGUUGAUGGACAUUAUUGCAGAGAAUGUAAUGAGUGAGGACAAGUUGCAGCCACAGCGUGAGUUCCACAUACUGUUUGUACCUCGGCGCAGUCUGCUGUGUGAGCAGCGCCUAAAGGAGCAAGGCAUCCUGAAUGCCUUCACUAACAUCGAUGAGUACAUUCUAGACCUCAUCCCUUAUGAUGGAGACCUGCUGUCCAUGGAAUCAGAAAGUGCAUUCAGGGAAUGUUAUCUUGAGAAUGACCAGACGAGCCUGUAUCACACUGCUAAGGGUUUGAUGACUCUGCAGGCACUGUAUGGAACCAUCCCGCAGAUCUUUGGCAAAGGAGAAUGUGCAAGGCAUGUAGCGAAUAUGAUGCUGCGGAUGAAGCGGGAGUUUGCUGGCAGUCAGAAUCAAAUCCUGCCAGUGUUUGAUACGCUCUUGUUAUUGGACCGAAACGUGGACCUUCUCACACCGCUAGCCACACAGCUCACCUAUGAAGGCCUCAUCGAUGAGAUCUACGGCAUUACUAACGGUUAUGUGAAGCUUCCCCCUGAGAAAUUUGCCCAGAAGAAGGCAGGUGAAGGAGGUAAAGAUCUGCCCACGGAGCCCAAGAAGUUACAGCUCAACUCUGCUGAGGAGCUCUAUGCUGAAAUUCGUGACAAGAACUUUAACGCUGUAGGAGCAGCACUCAGCAAGAAAGCCAAGAUCAUCUCUGCCGCAUUUGAAGAGCGCCACAAUGCGAAGACUGUUGGGGAGAUUAAACAGUUUGUAUCCCAGCUGCCUCACAUGCAGGCCGCUCGCACCUCGCUGGCCAACCACACGUCCAUUGCUGAGCUCAUCAAGGACAUCACCACCUCAGAAGUUUUUUUUGAUAACUUGACAGUGGAGCAAGAGUUUAUGACCGGAGUGGAUACAGACAAGAUUAACACUUACAUAGAGGACUGCAUAGCACAGAAGGACCCACUUAUCAAGAUCCUCCGGCUGGUCUGCAUGCAGUCCAUCUGCAAUAACGGCCUUAAACAGAAAGUUCUUGAUUUUUACAAGAGAGAAAUCCUGCAGAUUUACGGAUACGAGCACAUUCUGACCCUCAACAACUUGGAAAAGGUUGGCUUACUCAAAUCUCAGAUCACCACGAGGAACAAUUAUCCCACCAUCAGGAAAACACUCAAGCUCUGGAUGGAGGAUGCGAACGAACAGAACCCCAAUGACAUCUCCUAUGUGUAUAGUGGUUAUGCUCCUCUCAGUGUGAGGCUGACUCAGGUUCUGGCUCGGCCAGGCUGGAGGAGCAUUGAGGAGGUGCUGAAAAUGCUGCCUGGGCCACACUUUGAGGAGAGACAACAGCUUCCCCCUGGUCUCCAUAAGAAACGUCAGCAGGGAGAGAACAGGACAACGCUGGUGUUCUUCCUUGGGGGUGUGACGUAUGCGGAAAUCGCUGCACUCCGCUUUCUGUCUCAGAUGGAAGACGGUGGGACAGAGUACAUCAUCGCCACUACCAAACUCAUCAACGGCACCAGCUGGAUAAAAUCUCUAAUGGACCGUCCUGAAGCACACAUACCCUGAGAAUGUCCCAUGAGCAUUUUAGAGCAUGUGCUUAUUUCUCCUGUAUCCAGAAGUACAAAUGCAACGGCUUUAAGUCAUUAAGUGUUCUCUUUGCAAGUAACCAACUGCAAAUCCCUGUGCACCCAUAUUAAAAAAACUCUUAGUAACCAUCGCUGAAAUUGUAAGAACACUGAUCCCUUGAUUAAAAAAAUCCACAAGUGA